AUGAGGGUCGUCGCGACGUUCCACCAGCCAUCCUCCGUCGUGUCCUCGGCGAAAUGCAAUCUAACAGCCACCCAGGAAUUCCUUGUGGUUGGGAAGACAAACAGAAUUGAUCUUGAAAUAUGGGGCAGAGUGGUGUCUGUCAAAGCUCUGCCGACCGGAGAUGCGUCCAAGAUCCUCGUCCUUACAGAUCAUCCGGACCCUAGACUGAUGGUCCUAGAAUACACAACUGAAGAAGAAGGGAAGCCCAGCCUUGUCAGUAAGGAUCAUGUCGAGCUGCAUGAUCGCUACGCUCGUCCGGCCGAGUUCGUUACGGACGUGCUCGUGGAUCCCUCAGGACGAAUCGCUGUAGUCCAUUGCUACACCGGCAAGCUAAAGCUCGUCGAAUUCAAGCAUGGAAAGAAACCACAAGCGAUAGACGUCUCCAUCCCAGAACUCUACAUCGUCGCUCUCACGUUCCUGCACACAGAGGCAGACACAUACGCACUCGGCAUCCUGCACUUUAACUACCAACAACAACUCCAGCUUCUUUCCCGUGACAUCGACCUCGACAACUUCGAACUCUCGCCCACCCCCUCCGUGAUCAUCCGUUCGUCCAUCCUCCCCUCUUCCACCUUCCCGGAGACAGAUACCCCGCCCCUACUCGUUCCCGUUCCUCCAUACACCUCUCCCGAGGUCGACGACGACGACUAUGACGACGACGAGGAGAGCCGCCGGAGCCACCGCGGCGGCGUGCUGGUGCUCGGCGGGCGCAAAAUUCUGUUCGUGGAGAACGAGAGCCGCGAGCAGCAGGAGGUGAAGCGAGGGAAGCAGCGGCGCGUGAACGAGCGCCUCUCGAACGGGGACUCGAAGCAGAUGCUGAAGGCGAAGGAGAAAGAGAAGGAGCGCGAUUCGAGGAAGGUGAAGCCGCGCCUACGGGUGAACUGGCCGUGGAGCGAGAUCGCAACAUGCUGCUCCCUAGGCGAAGACAGGCGACGGUUCCUCAUCGGCGACGCCUACGGCAGACUCGCUAUGCUCGCCUUCACCGACCCGCUCUCCCUCAUCCUCCUCCCGCUCGGCACGACGUCCCCCGCGACGACACUCACGUACCUCACCUCCCAGGUUCUCUAUCUAGGUUCGCACUUUGGCGAGCCCCAGCUCCUCCGCGUCUCGCCCACACCCAUCGCGGACCUCGACGCGGACACGCUACCGAUGCCGAAGGGCAUCGCGACGGUGGAGCCGUCUGCGCUAAGUGGUUCGGGGUCGUCGGCGAAGGGGAAGGGCAGGGCGGAUCGGGAGUGGGACUUGGGCGCGAGGGAGGGGAAGGACGGAAAGGUCGUCAGCACGAAGGGGAGCUAUGUGGAGGUUGUCGAGCGGUGGGAGAAUGUCGCGCCGAUUGUGGACGCAGCGAUGGCCGACCUGGAAGGCAGUGGGCAGCCCCAGAUCAUUACUUGCUCAGGAGGUCGAAACAGCGGCUCGUUGAAGGUCAUCAGAACAGGCGCGGAUUUCCAGGAGAGGGCGGUAGUCGAAGGCCUGGCGAACGUCGCCAACAUCUGGCCUGUCAGGUCUCGCUUCGGGGAUACCGUCGACAGCCACAUCAUCGCGUCCACCCUUGAGGAGACGUACGUCUUCCGCAUCGACGGCGCUGACUCCCUCACACGGCUCGACCCCGGCACAGACGGGCUCCUCGCGUCCGUCCCCACACUUGCGGUCAAGAACGUCCCGCGGCGGACGGCCGCGAGCGGCAAGUCCGCGUACGUCGACUCGUCGCUCGUCGUGCAGAUCACGCCUCAGAAGGUGCGCCUUGUCGAGUACGAUCCCGCGCUCGGGCAGUUCUCGCUCGUGAGCGAGGGGUGGGACGCACAGAAGGAGGGGCGGAGCGUCGUCGCGGCGGACUUGAAUGCGAGCCAGAUUGUGUUGGGUUUGGGCAGGGGUCGCCUGGCGCUGUGUAAUUUGAGUGACAGCAAGCAGUUCCAGAUACUCAAGCAUCGAGAUUUCGCCGACGCAACGUACGGUCCGCUCGAGAUCGCCGCGGUGUCGUGUGCGCCCUUCGACCCGACCAAGAAUUACGCGACCACGAUCGCGGUCUCCUUCUGGGGCACAAACCGCGUCGCGCUCCUCUCGCCUGCCUCGGCGGAAUCGUACCUCGGCACGAUCUGCGAGGUCUCCCUCCCGUCCCUGCCGCGCUCGCUGCUCCUGCACAACUUCGGGGCGGGGCGGAACAAGAAGGAAACGGACUUUCGCCCGCACGUCCUCGCGGGCCUUGCGGACGGGAGCGUCGUGUCGUUCAGUGUCAAGGAGAAGGAGGGCGAGAUGGGCGACAAGAAGUUGUUCUCGUUGGGCGCCGCGCCUGUGGCGUUCACGACGUGUGUUGUGGACGGGCGGAGAGCGGUAUUUGCGAGCGGGAGCAGGGCGAGUGUUCUGUACUGGGACCGGCAGAGGCUGCACCAGUCGCCUGUCAUGCUCAAGGAGCCGGUGGUUGCGGCGAGUCUCAACGCGCCUGCUUACCCGUCUUGUCUCGUGCUCGGCACGCCGUCUUCGUUGCUCAUUGGCAACGUGCGCGGUGUGGACAAGAUGCAGAUCAAGACCGUCAGUGCCUUUGGGUCUGGAGAACCCGCGAAGAAUAUCGCAUCACGCAAAACUAGAGCAUUUGUCGUUGCAUGCACUCGGACGACACCCCCGCGUGUCGGUGAUGCAGAAGACAGGAUCAGUUCUCUAAAGGUCCUUGAUGAUAUACGUUCAAUCGUAAGCCACCGCCUUUACAUGACGUAUGCGAUGGUCAUUCAAAUCGUUUUAACAGCGUUGGCAUCGUUCACUUGCGAGCCAGGUGAGGAGAUCACGUCAACAUUGGCGCUAUCAGGAGCAGACGAGCAUCCAAGUCCAUGUUCAAUCUGUAUCGGUACCGUCGAGUUUCAGGUUGACGAGCGCGAGCCAUCUGCGGGUCGUAUCAUCCUGUUCUCGCUGGACUCGAGCGCAGGCUCCGCCUACACGCUCAGGAUGCUGGCUUCGCACGACGUAAGCGGAUGUGUCUACCAGCUGGUCAACAUCAAGGGCAUGAUUGCCGCUGCUGUCAACACUUCGGUGAUGCUGUUCAAGACCGAGACUGUGAACGAGUCGACCCUUCAACUGCGCAAGGUGUCUGAGUGGAACCACAACUACAUCGUCACCAGUCUUGUCUGCAAAGACCGAACCCUCGUCGUGGGGGAUGCUAUCAGCUCGGUCUCAAUGCUGAGCAUCGACGGCAGUGGCCAACUCAAAUGCAACGCGCGGGACUACGCACCUCUGUGGCCAGUCGCAAUUGAGACCAUCGGUAAUGGUGGUGUCAUUGGAGCCAACAGUGAUUGCAAUCUCUUCACCUUUGCGAGAUCUAACGACCGUUUGACGUUGGAGAGGGACGGAAGCUACCACAUCGGAGACGUCGUCAACAAGUUCAUUCCAGGUGGUCUUGGCUCCGCUGACCUCACGAACAAACUGCUCGAGUCCAAACUCGUCUUCUUCACAUCGACAGGGCGCAUUGGCGUCGUGCUCGAGAUGAGUGAUGAGGUCUCCCUCCAUAUGACUGCGUUGCAGCGCAACAUGGCGAAACAUGUCAUCGGGUCUGGCAAUACCUUCCAUGCGAGAUGGCGAGCACCCGCAAAUUCGAGGGGCCACACCGACGCAGAGGCAGCGUUCGGCUUCCUCGACGGAGACUUUUUGGAGCACUUCCUCUCGAUUCCAGAUUCAUACAAGUUCCUCAAAGGCGACAACGAAGCCGAGCGGAUAUCCCUUCCUAGUGCUCAAAUUCAAGAUGUAUUGGAAAAGCUACAGAGCUUACAUUGA